AUGGAUAUUAUUUUUUUCGACGUUAAUGAUGAACGGUAUUUUAAUUAUAUAUUUGCCUAUCAGAUUCUAUACAAACCUAUUUUUGCAAACACAUUUGCGUGUUUGACAACAUUGCGAUGGUCAUUUGAAAUAUUUGCAACAAGUCAGAUAGAGAAUUUAAUACAUACAAUUGAAAAUGCGGAGCGUUAUAUAAAAUAUGAAAUGGAUGUUUAUAAUUGUGAUAGAAAUGAAGCCUUUGAACGGUUUUUUAAAAACUACGUUAGGCAUCACAAUCUUAUUAUAAGAGUGCAUCCUGUCUCAACCCCGAUUCAACGUAGGAACCCUGGUGUAAUACAGGGCUUAAGACAUCGAAAUCUAUGUGGUACUAAAAUUAUAGCUGAAUAG